GGAGACGGCCCCGAGACGGCCCCGAGACGGCCCCGAACCGGCCGGGUGAGGUCGGGGCGACGCGGCUGUGGGUGUCUGACCUGUGGCUGAGAACUACCUGGGUUUAAGAAGGCUAAAGCUUCGCUCGAACUGUGACUAGAAUGGACAGUUACUUUAAAGCUGCAGUCUGUGACUUGGACAAACUGCUUGAUGAAUUUGAGCAGAAUGCAGAUGAAUGCGAGUGCUUCAGAACACCUCAAAAUCCAUAUGACUCAAAGCUUUCUUCAGUCCUGGAUGGCUUGGAGCAUGCACACCCCACAGCAGAGGAUCCUGCCAGAUGUGCUGCCCCAGGGCAGAGCUCUGUCUGUGCCCCUGCAGGCACAGCUGACCUGCUCAGUUACUCCCCACCCAAAGAGAAGGGCGUUGCUGGACCCGACCUUUUGUCCACCGUGGACAGCGGUGCCCUCAGCGAGGCUCAGGCUUUGAAGCUGGGGAGGUGUAGCGUGCCAGUGUGUGAUCUGGUCAGUGACACAGCGAAUUUAAUGCACUCAGGGCCUGCUGCUGAGGGCACUCAGAAGCUGCAGCCUGACGACCUCCAGUGCAGCCAAGGGCCUGCUGGCUGUGGCGUGUCCUGUGUCCCUGUUCCUGCUUGUGUCACUUCACCUGGCUGCACUGGGGCUGCCAGCACGAAGCACAGCGGUGGGGACUCAGCGUUGCAAGAUUCAGGGCACCUUACAACAGAGCAAAAUAAUGAUUUAGCUUUAAAAUCAGAGAGUUACGCUGCGGGAGCGGUGCUGAGUCCGUGUGGUGAUCAACACGGGACAGAACCCGUGAAGUGUGAUGAAAUACUCGACCCCCCUGGACAAGCUGCUGCCCUGGACGCUGAAUGUGUCACUGUAGCACCACAGAGCUGGAAUGCACACAGUCCCAAAGAUGAGAAAACCUGUGAAAAUCUGGCUUUUGAACCACAAGGCAGUGCGUGCUCUGCAGCAAGCACAGAAGGGUCUGGAGGAAAUGCCGCAGAAGGGUCUGGAGGAAAUGCCACAGAAAAGGUAGACCCAAACGGGAGUAAUGCUGACUGCAUGCCUUCAGAUCUGCCAAAGAGGCACCUCUUGCACCACAGCAAUGCAACAUCACCUGGAAAUGCUGUCUUACCAGGCUCCUCGUGUCAAACAGGAGCUGAAGUAGAAUUGGAAAAGAAAGGCACAGAGGAGAAUGUGGAUAGUGAGGAAGUGAAUAGCAGUGAGGUAGUAAGCAGCAAUGAGAUAGUAAGCAGUGUUUCCAGUUCGUGUGUGUCAGCUGAGGAUGCCCAGACAUCCCUGUCUUGUCUUUCCCGUCCUGUGUCCGUGUGUGGUUCAUUAGUUGGAACAGAAGAAAAGGUUAAUCCUCUACCUCAGAAUGCAGUGGCAGAGGUUAUUAGUGAUACUGUAACUGUUCAUGCUGGAGAGUCUAAAACUCAUUUCCCUGGCAGGGAAUCCUGUGAAAAUAGCAGCUGGCACGAGCAGGAAGAUUUAGCUGAAAUCAGUGAAAUUGCAGAAAAAGGUAGGGAUGGAGAGAAGUGCAGUACUGAGAAUGUGACUGAUGAUGGUGAUUCUGAGCAGAUGAAAGCUUUUGCUUCUGCUUUUCUAGACCUUGGGGCUGAGCCAUGUGGUGUUGGUGUAGACACUUUUUAUGAUGAGAGCACGAGCUCUGUUAUGGCUGGCUUUACUGUUGAGGAGAAUGUUGUUAAAAGUGAUAUUCUAAUAAGUGAUGCUGAGCUUGAUGAUUUCUUGUAUGGACAAAGCCUGCAGUCCAGUGAGUUGAAGUCAUCAGACAGUGAUGGUAACCUGAUGGAAGCUGAUGCAGAUGGUGGGAAUUUAGCAGAUCUGAACAACCUGGAUUUCAUGGAGGUCAGUGAAGAACUUGUGCAAACAGAACUGGGGGAGAUAACGAGCACUGAUAGUAACCUUAAAGCAUCUGUUCCUGACAGUGAAGUGGAAACUGCAGCAAAAGUCAGCAUAUCUCAUAGUCAGGGCAUGACUGAGAGUAGCAGUGGAGCUCUGGCUUCUGAUGUUUGUGCUAAAGGUGCAAGACCAAAGCAGAUGCUUGAAGCUGCUGGUCAGAAACAACUGAAUAGAACAAGUGAAGCUGAAAGAGAAAACCAGGAAUCUGGUUCUGUUCCUGCAGAAGCUCCCCUCUCAGGCACCAGUGUAAAUGCUGGUAAUAAUCCUGACCCUGGGGAAAGCAGCUCUGAAGCUGGAGGAAAUCAAACACCUGAAAGCGUGGAAUCUCGUAGAACUCCUCCAGCUCUGUCGUGGAAGCAGCCCCUGUGGGUCCCGGACUCUGAGGCUCCCAACUGCAUGAGCUGCCAGGCCAAGUUCACCUUCACAAAGAGACGGCACCACUGCCGAGCCUGUGGCAAGGUUUUUUGUGGUAGCUGUUGCAAACGAAAAUGCAAACUGCAAUACAUGGAGAAGGAAGCAAGAGUCUGCACUGGCUGUUAUAAUGAUAUUAAUAAAGCACAGGCAUUUGAAAGGAUGAUGAGUCCAACUGGUCCUGUCCCCAAUUCCAGUGUCUCCUCUGAGCAUUCUUCUGCUGUUCCACCUGUGGAGGAGGCACCUGGUGGUGCCAGCUCUCCUUCACCCUCUGCACUGUUGCCUAUCUCAGCCCUUAAACAACCUGGUCCUGAAGGGCUGUGCCCCCGAGAGCAGAAGAGGGUUUGGUUUGCAGACGGCAUUUUGCCCAACGGGGAGGUGGCAGACACAGCCAAGCUGUCCUCAGGAGCAAAGAGAUCCCAGGACUGCAGCCCAGUGACCCCGGAGACGCCCGCGGCUGCAAACCCAGAGGAAGAUGACCUGAUAACUGAUGUAAAUCAACAACUGAAGGAAGAAAUAGAUAAGAUUCCAAGAAUGGAGGAAUUACAUCCUUCUGUUCCUUCAGAUGGCACACAGCAGGACUCUCCAGGCCAGAGUGAGGUGGCACCUGGUAACCAGCCAGUCACUCUAGGAGGUGAAGAGUGUUCCCCUGCAGCAGCUGAGAAGAGCAGUCCCAGUUCAGUGGAGCAGAGCACACGGGGUGUGCCUGUCACUGCCUCAAGUUACAGAGCGCUGUGUGGGGUAGAAAGCUGGGUGCCACGAGAGAUCAGCCUUCUUCCUGAUGGUGAUCAGCUGCCACCACUUGUGCUUGCACUGGGAGAAAAAGGGAAAGAUCUUGUGGUGGAGGAACAUCCAAUUCACCAAAAGGUCGCCUUGCUGCUUGGGGAAGGAAGUCCUAAUCCACUGACUUUUAUUCUAAAUGCAAACUUGCUUGUCAAUGUGAAGCUGAUAACAUAUUCCUCAGAAAAGUGCUGGUGCUUCUCAACAAAUGGACUGCAUGGUUUGGGUCAGGCAGAAAUUCUCAUUCUGUUGCAGCGCUUGCCAGAUGAAGAUGUUUUCCCUAGUGAAAUAUUCAAAUUAUUUCUUGACAUCUAUAAAGAUGCAAUGAAAGGAAGGUUCAUAAAAAACAUGGAAAACGUUACUUUUACAGAAAGCUUUCUCAGCAGCAAAGAGCACGGAGGAUUCCUGUUUGUUUCGCCAACUUUUCAGAAACUCGAUGAUGAGAUUCUGCCAGAUAACCCUUUUCUUUGUGGCAUUCUUAUCCAUAAGCUGGAAAUACCCUGGGCAAAAGUGUUUCCAAUCCGUUUGAUGCUCAGACUUGGAGCAGAAUAUGGGGUCUAUCCAACUCCUGUGGUAAGUGUCAGGCACCGGAAGCCUCUCUUUGGAGACAUUGGACACACAAUUAUGAAUCUGCUUGUUGACCUCAGAAAUUACCGGUAUACUUUGCACACCAUAGAAAACCUGUUUGUUCAUGUGGAAAUGGGCAGAAGCUGCAUUAAAAUACCUCUAAGGAAGUAUGAUGAGGUGAUGAAGGUGAUCAAUUCCUGUAACGAGCACGUCAUCAGCAUUGGAGCAAGUUUCAACACCGAGGCAGAUUCUCACCUGGUGUGUGUGCAGAACAAGCAGGGCCUCUAUCACACACAGGCCAUCAGUGCCACGGGACAGCCCAGGAAAGUUACAGGUGCAAGUUUUGUGGUUUUAAAAACAUCUUCAGGACUUUUAGCUAAAUCCAGUAUAGUUGAAGAUGGGCUAAUGGUACAAGUAACACGAGAAACAAUGGAAAGCCUGCGUCAGGCACUAAGAGACAAGAAGGACUUCAAAAUAACCUGUGGAGAAAUGGAUGCAGAGGAUGUGAAAGAAUAUGUAGAUAUCUGCUGGGUAGAAAACGAAGAGAAAACAAACCAAGGAAUUUUAAGUCCAGUUGAUGGAAAAUCAAUGGAAGGAACUCACAGUGGAAAAGCACCACAAUACAAAGACUUUGAAAGAGAGGGAAAAGUCAUGAAGUGCACUGAAGUUUACUAUUUUGUAAAGGAUCACGAACUCUCCGGUGCUGUUGCCCACCAGUUUGCAAGAGAGAUUGCCAUUGCCUGCAGCGCUGCUCUUUGCCCUCACCUUAAAACCCUGAAAAAUAAUGGGAUGAAUAAGAUAGGACUCAGAGUUUCCAUUGACUCAGACAUGGUGGAAUACUUGGCAGGAUCUGGAGGGCACCUUCUUCCACAGAACUACCUGAAUGACUUGGACAGUGCUCUGAUUCCUGUGAUUCACGGCAGAAUGUCAGAUCCUGCAGCCCUGCCACUGAAAAUGGAAUUAGUGUUUUUCAUUAUCGAGCGCCUGUUUUGAUGAGGCUGAUUACAUGCACAUGCUGAUUUGCUAGAUCUGAACACCAAAGCUGUAAUGCUACAAACACUAAAAACGUUGAAGUUUCUAAACCUGAUAUGUUUUAAUAGCUUUUCAAACUGUCUUUUCAAAGCCCCUCAGAUCCUCUCUGGCUGCUCUGCCACAAAACGGUUGUAGUUUGUGUCACGAAGUUCUGAAAGUUUGCACUUAACGCAGGUGCAGGAGGGUGCAGGUUUUGUUACUCCUCACGCAGUUGUAGCCGUGCCAGGAGCGCUGUGGGUGUGUGGACAAACACUUCACUGAGGUCUUUAACCUGGGGAUGUGAUGCUGGUGCUUCAGGAACAUAUGCUCUCAAUUAAUGUUUUGUAGAGUAACUGUUUUCUUUCUUGUAUUUAUAAGGGUUUAUCUAACUUAAAUGGAUGCUAUUUUUAUAAAAACUGUUUUUUUUUUUUUCUUUACUCUGUGUUCAGAAUUCCAUAUACAAUUUGACCUUUCAAGGAUUAGGAAGAAACAGAUUAAUCUACAUGUAGCAAUAAGUCAGACAAGAAUUGUGCAGUAUUUUUUCUGCUCCUGUCUACUGCUUUUGCCACAUUUUAGUAGCCGCCUUUGGUUUCAGGGAGAACAGAUGAAUUAAGUCUGAAUUUUCACAAACAGGCUGAUUCUAGUGGAAGGUGUCCCUGCCUGUGGCAGGUGGGGUUGGAACUCUUUGAGGUCCCUUCCAACCCAAACUGUGCUGGGAUUUUUAGUAUACCUGAGGUUCUUGCAUAGGAUGUAUUUUUGAUACCGGGUCAUUCAGAUCUAUUUAUGUAUUUGUGAUGCAUGUGAUUUGUACUGAGGUUCCUCAGACUGCAGUUGGGGUUUGGUAGCAGCCACACAACUGCUUGUCGAGAACAGAACCAAAACUAAAUAUAUACAAGAUCUAUAUUGUUUUCAGUCAAAAUGCUGGUACAAUUUUAUAACGAGAGUAUUAAAACUUGGAUGCCUUCUUGAUGCUAAUAGGGGAUAUUUUAUGUUUUUGUAUCAAAAACAAUUUGUAAUUUAACCUAAUCUGCUCUGCUGUUAUCUGUGCUUUAACACUCCAGUCCUAGAAAGGUUCAGGCAUUGAGAUCUUACCCUGGAUGGAACUGAGCUGCAUUUCAACUUCUGUGCUGCCUUCUCCUGAGAAGCUGCCGUUGGGGAGAAGGGCUGAACGCACGCACAGUACAAACAAAACUUGUCCUUGUUGAAAACAAGCUGCACCCAGGCCCUGGAGGGAGCCCAGCGAGAGGCUGAGCAGUGUUUUGGGUCUGAGAACAGCUGCCUCUUGGCACUUAACCUCUACUAACUCCUUCCCAGUAAUGAUCAAUAAAGUUAACUACAGUGCUUGUGA